AUGUAGGUCUGUGUGACCGUUCAUGAAACAUUAUUUGUUAGAACAGCGGAGCUGGAAGUAUGUCUCUGGUAAAAAUCCUCGCUGUAUUAUUGGUCACCUAUGCCAACGGACAGACGGUUGCACAGUCUGUUGGCAAUGAUAUUGCCUUCACUGUAAAAGCAACCAACAAUGGAAAUAUUGAUCUCAGUCCCGGAGUAGGAGGGGUCGUCAAAUUCCAGACGGAGAUCACAAACUAUGGCAACGCAUUUGACUUAGCAAACGGAGUGUUUACUGCGCCCGUGGAUGGCAUGUACCUGUUUAGUGCCAGUAUGUAUAAUGUCUUCGCGGGCCAAAAACUCGACACAGAUAUCGUGAAGAAUGGCAUACCGGAAGUCAAUAUGUAUUGUAGCGCCUCUAUACAGUACAGCGCAUGCUCGGCCACCGUCGUCCUGCGGUUGGCCACCAGCGACAGGAUUUGGAUCAGCGACAAAAGUGGAAAGUUGGUGGACCAUGACUCCAGCUUCAUGGGAGUUUUACUUAAUAGCUAGAUUGCAUUUCAAUCUGGAUGUAUCUGGAUUUUUUUCAACAAACUUUUUAAUGUCAUUUAAAAACAAAUGCUAAUCUUUUUUUUGCGUUCGGUAAUUCUACUUGAACGUGAUAAUCAGAACCUGAUCGAGUGUUCAGACUUUAAAUUAUUUAAACAGUACGGAUUUUUCGAAUGCUUUACAAGGCUCAAAAUAAACAUCUUAAAAAGACAAUCCUUUUCGUGUGUUAUGCAUACAUUCAUAUUUAAAGUCUGUUGCCUACAGUUUUGUGUAUGUUUUCGGUUUACAAUUUUUGGAAUUUUUGCACACUUGAUACAGGGUCUGUGGCACAGCAUCUCUCUAUCUGUCCACCGUCAACAUUUUAAUCCAGACUACUUUUCCCAAGAGCCAUAUGAUGUAAGAGCGGCAUAAUUUCACAAUUUUGUGUUCCCUUUCAAGAAGUUUUUCUAACAAGUAUGCAUCCGGAAGUCUCACCGAAUGUCUUAAUUAUCUUCCGUGCUGAGAUUAGAAGUCGUUAAAAUUUAACCGAUGGUCAGUUGAUAAUACAAUAUCGUUUAGGGUCUUUUAUAUUAUGUAACUGUACGGUCAGUUCCCCAAGAAAUAAAUAAUCUUUUAAUGGUCAAUUACAUGUAUAGCCAUUGAAAAUGACCCUCGCUGUACAUCAUCUUGAUAGUCUUUUCAACAUAUGUAACAUAUUUAUGUUUAAGAUAUUUAUCUGACUGAGAUGCUACAUGUACCAAAUGUUUUGAAAAGUCUGCGGUCAGCUCUUUAAAUAAAAACAAA